AUGUAUGCUUUGAUAUUGGCCGGAGGCAUAGGGGAGCGAUUGCGGCCACUCACCGAGUCGUUGCCCAAACCGAUGAUCCCUUUGGACGGCAGGCCCAUCCUGUGGCAUCAGGUACGGUGGUUGCGCGAUGCGGGCGUGACCGAUGUGGUUUUCCUGUUGGGGCAUCUGGCAGAGGUUGUGGUGGAUUACUUUGGAGACGGCAGCGAGUUUGGCAUUCGGGCUCAUUACAGUUAUGAAGACGCCCCUUUGGGCAGGGGUGGGGCACUACGCAAGGGCUUUGAGUUGAUGCCUUCAGGAACUGACGAACUGGUGAUCGCCACCAACGGAGAUGUGGUUACGGAAGCGAACCUGGACGAUAUGAUCAAUGACUUCAGCAGCCGCGUUGACGCUGAUGCCGGGCAUUUGGCUACCAUCCUCACGGUGUCUAUGACGAGCCCUUAUGGUAUCGUUGAGACCGAAGCUGAUGGGGUGGUGCGGGCGUUCAAAGAAAAAUCGGCGCUUCCGUACGAGAUUAAUGCGGGCGUAUACGUGCUGAACCCGGCGAUCUGCAAGUUGCUGCCCGAACGGGGAGACCAUGAGGUCACCACAUUCCCGGUUCUGGCGGGACGAGGCCAGAUGUCAGCGGUGCACUCCGGCGCGUUUUGGCGCAGUGUAGAUUCGUUGAAAGAUUUGCGGGAAGUCGAGCAGCAUAUCGCCAGCCGAACGGUGUCGAGCCAGCAGGGUGUGUAUUGA